GACAAGAACAAUGCACCAAAGCCAAAUUAUGGCUGCCCUUCAAGUCGGAUUUGCAGUAUUCCUUCUUCUUUCUACUUAUAAUUACUUGGGCGUAGAAGCUGAAUUCUUAGUCUGCGACAGUAAAGCAUUCGAGAGUAUGAAAAUUGAUAUGAGCACUUUACGCUUCUGUGACAAGAACCUUCCUUAUGAUGUGAGAGCCAAGGACUUGGUAGAUCGAAUGACACUGGAAGAGAAGGUGGCACAGCUUGGGGACAAAGCCUUGGGAGUGCAGCACCUAAACCUACCAGGGUACGAGUGGUGGUCGGAGGCACUCCAUGGUGUUUCAGACGUCGGUCCCGGUACUCAUUUUGAUAAAAAUGUGCCUGCUGCUACCAGUUUUCCCACUGUUAUCCUCACCACCUCCUCUUUCAACGAGACCUUGUGGAAAACCAUAGGCGAGGUUGUGUCGGAUGAAGCAAGAGCUAUGUACAAUCUCGGGUUGGCUGGAUUGACAUAUUGGAGCCCAACCAUUAACGUUGUUAGGGACCCAAGGUGGGGGAGAAUUACAGAAACACCUGGAGAAGAUCCUUAUGUGGUUGGACGUUAUGCCGUCAAUUAUGUAAGAGGCCUACAAGAUGUGAAAGGCUUUGAGAAAUCUAGGAAUCCGAACACACGGCCUCUCAAGGUUGGAGCAUGUUGCAAACACUUUGCAGCUUACGAUGUUGAUAAUUGGAAGGGGAUUGAUCGCUACCAUUUUGAUGCAAGGGUGACCGAGAGGGAUAUGGUGGAGACCUUUAAUCUACCGUUUAAGAUGUGUGUCAAGGACGGAGAUGUAGCCAGUGUCAUGUGUUCAUAUAAUCGAGUCAACGGCAUACCCGUCUGUGCUGAUCCCAAGCUCUUGAAUGGCACAAUCAGGCAGCACUGGAAUCUAAAUGGUUACAUUGUUGCUGAUUGUGAUUCAAUUGAAGUUAUGGUUAAUGGCCACAAAUUCCUUAACGAUACACCAAUUGAGGCUGUUGGGCAAGCUCUCAAAGCCGGGAUGGAUCUGGACUGCGGGAAAUACUACCCAGAGUAUGCAACACAAGCAGUAAGGCAAGGGAAGGUGACAGAGGCUGAAAUCGAUGCGUCUCUAAAGAAUCUUAUCAUUGUUCUAUUAAGACUUGGUUGGUUUGAUGGUAACCCUGGUGGGUAUUCAAGACUUGGGAAGAAUGACAUAUGUUCUCCGGCGCAUCUCGAGCUCUCAGCCGAGGCUGCAAGGCAGGGUAUUGUCUUGCUAAAAAAUGAUAAGAACACUUUGCCAUUAGUUGUUGGCACCGGAAAGCCCAAGUUUGCUGUUGUUGGACCCCAUGCAAAUUCCACGGUAGCAAUGAUUGGUAACUAUAGUGGGGUAACAUGCCAUUAUUCGAAACCAACCGACGCCAUCGCCGAGUAUGGAGAUGUGAUCUAUGCAGCAGGAUGCCAAGGUGUGAAAUGCCCAAAUGGUGAUGGGAUUGGUCAAGCAGUUCAGGCCUCGAAGCAAGCCGAUGCAACCUUCAUCUUUGUUGGAUUGGACCUUUCAGUGGAGGCCGAGAGCUUAGAUCGAAAUGAUCUCAACUUCCCUGGAUCUCAAAAGGCACUCAUCACCCAAAUCAGUGAAGCUGCCACUAAGCCAGUUAUUGUUGUCAUUUUCUCUGCAGGAGGAAUCGACAUCUCCUUUUUGCAACAAGACCCCAAGGUUCAAGCCAUCAUUUGGGCUGGAUACCCUGGUGCCGAGGGUGGCCGUGCCAUUGCCGAUGUCAUUUUUGGCAAGCAUAACCCAGCUGGUCGUCUUCCGAUUACAUGGUACCCGGCAAGUUAUAUAGAUAAUUUCCCAAUGACAUCAAUGCCGCUGAGACCAGUCCCUGACUCCAAGUACCCAGGAAGGACAUACAAGUUCUAUAACGGAUCAACCAUCUAUCCCUUCGGUUACGGAUUGAGCUACACGACCUUCCGCUAUGCCAUUAGGUCUGUAACUAAUCCGGUUAUGGUGGACCUGGGGAAGUUCCAACAGUGCAAGCAAAUCCAGUUCUUGGACGGUAGGAAGACAGAUUGCCCAGCCAUCCUAGUGGAUGAAUCACAAUGCAUGCAAGUGGUGACGGUAAAAGCAAUGGUGACCAACACUGGAAAAAGGGAUGGAGCACAUGUUGUGUUCGUAUACUCCAUCCCACCAUCAGGCAUUGCCGGUGCACCCAUCAAGAGACUUGUUGCAUUCAAGCGAGUGUUUUUAGUAGCUGGAACGUCACAAGUAGUGCCAUUCAAUUUAAAUGCCUGUCGGGAUUUCAGUAUUAUCGCCGACGAUGCUUACGAGUUGUUGCCAUCUGGACAACAUACGAUCAUUGUCGGAAAUGGAAAUGAUGCAGUUACAGCUCAAUUUACCAUCGGUUUUAACCACAAUUAGUUUCAAUAUAGUUCUGUUUUGUUGGGUCUCCUCUACCAAUUCUUUCAAGGUUACAGAACUAAUAAUGUAUUUUUUUGUGCUAAUAUGUCUAAUAAAGGAAAUCUUUUUGUUAUUGCAUCAA